AUGACCACGACCGCCGCCCGACAACGGCUCCCGCUGUUGCUUCUGCCCCGCGCGCCCCCAUCGACGCCGCGAUGGCGCGGUAGAUCUCACGCCGGCGGGAUGCGGUCCUUCUCCGCCGGAGCCCAGCGUGCCGCAGAGGACCAGGGGACCAAGAAGCCCUCGCGGAAACAGCAACGGCCGAAACUACCCUCUCUGUUCGAGGAGCUCUUCCCCGACGAGGACCUCUCUGCGCCGCACCGGGGAAAUGGCCAGCACCAUUGGGAUGCCCCGAACACAUCAGACAAGGACGAGGGGGGCGGGAAAGUCAAGGUCCGCUUCCUGACGUCUACAGACCCUGGGAAAUCGGACUCGGCAGAGUACAAGCAGAAUUCGAAGCAUGCCGAGCGCGAGGCGCCCGCCAGCAUUGCCGAGAUACUCGAGUCGCGGUCGCGGGCGAAGAAGAAUCGGGAGGGCGCAGCAGAUGGAGAAAGUCCCUCAAUCUUCAACGAGCUCUUCUCGAACCCAGACCCGGGAGCAGGACGCCGACAGGCCGACGAGCACCUGUCCGAGGACCGGUACGUCAACCACGACGACCUCCAAUCCUGGCUCGACUCUCUCCCCAAGGGCGACACUGGCGCCGCCGACGGUGACGCCGCCACCACAACAACAUCCUCCUCGACCUCUUCCCCGGGACUGGCAGACCGCGCCGCCAUGCUCGUCCUCUCCAACGCCAGCCCGAACCUCCUGGAGAGCGACUUCUACCGCAUCGGCCCCCAGGGCCACCACCUCGACGGUUGGUCCUCCUCCAUCCGCAAGGUGAUGCAGGCAUACGACUACAGCACCCUCGAGCCCAUGGACCGCUACUUCAUCCUCUUCGACUCGUACGCCGCCGCCGCGUCCUACCAGAAGGAGGCCCAGCGCCGCCACGCCGCAGUCCGCCGCUCCCUCAUAUCCCCCGCGGCCCCUCUCACCUCGUCUUCCUCCGCCCCGGCCUCUGGCACCGACGCAGGCGGCUCGGCCCCCUCCAUCUUCACCCUCGCGCCCCCGUCCAGGGCCCCCCUGAGCCUGCACCUCUACAAGCUCGACCGCGCCACCGAGGCCCGCCUCAACACCUUCAGCAUCCAGGGCCUGCUGAGCAUGACGCCCGAGCCCCCCCCGCGCGCAAACUGCCACGUCAUCCUCUCCGUCGACGGCGGCACCGUCGAUCAGCGCAUGCUGACCUACUGGUUCCGCCGCGACGCGCGCGAGCGGAACCUGGGCUGGCCGGUGCAGCACAUGCGCCCUUACUUCACGCCCAAGGUCGACCGCCGGACCGUCACGCCGGGCGAGAGCCCAGAGGCCGACGAGUCCGAGUGGAGGGACGACGACGGCGGCGACGACGACGCGCCGCCGCCGUUGGUGGGCGCCGAGGGGCAGCAGAAGGGCGGCGGGCCCGACGAAAACGCCAUGUCGGCUCGCUUCGUGCUGUCAUUCCCGGAUGUACACGAGGCGAGACGUUUCGUCCGCGCGUGGCACCGGCGCGAGUUUGUCUUAUCAAACGGCUCGACCGUGGUGCUGAACACCCACGUUGUAUGGUGA